AUACGAAUACAUAAGAAAUAGCUGAAAUAUAUAAUUGAAGAGUCAACUCGGUAACGACGAAGUUUGAAGAAUAAUUUUCACGUAUCUUGAACGUUGUAUUUAACCGGCAACUGCAUACCACCAAUACAAAUAUUGUGCAAAGACCAACUGAAAGCUCUACAAAAGCGAUCAGAAGGAAGGCAGAAUGUAUCAGGGGCAGUGUGAUAAACUUAAUCAAAAUGACAAAAUCAAAUGGAAAGGUUGAUGGAAAUGAAAUAUGGAUGUUUUUACAACUACGUACUCCCGUUUGGAAGCAAUGUCGAAUCCACCAGAAAAGAAAUCUUCUAAUUCGAACGAAGAAAAACGGGACACUUGGUCGAAAAAGGUUGAUUUUGCUUUCUCUAUUGCCGGUGGAUUCGUAGGACUUGGAAAUGUCUGGAGAUUUCCCUACCUUUGUUUCAAGAACGGUGGAGGAGCGUUUCUUAUUCCCUACGUUUUGUUUGUAGCACUGGGUUCAUUACCAGUGUUUUUCUUGGAGGUGACUGUUGGUCAAUAUUCUCGGUGCGGAGGCGCGCUUGCGUGGAAGAUUGUGCCGGUGAUGAAAGGUAUCGGGGCUGCUGUAAACAUCAUAAAUUACUACCUGAAUGUGUACUACGCGGUAAUUUUGGCAUGGUCUCUCAGAUACUUUUUUGCCUCGAUGGCGUCAACUUUGCCGUGGUCGACUUGCGGCAACAAUUGGAACACGAAUAGUUGUUAUGUAUAUGGUGCCAAAGCCCUCAAUGUGAGCAACGACACCGGUUACGAGUUUAAAAAUGAUACUGAAAAAAUAUCCUCCGUUGUGGAAUAUUGGGAGAGGGGUGUGUUAGGAUUGUCGAAAGGGAUCGACCAUGCCGGAGAAGUACAAUGGGAGUUGCUUUUAUGUUUGUUGCUAACUUGGGUCAUCAUAUACUUCUGUAUCUGGAAAGGGAUUGGCUGGACCAGCAAGGUCGUCUACUUCACAGCAACUUUUCCUAUUCUGAUGCUUCUUGUUCUUCUUGUGAGAGGAGUAACACUCGACGGUGCUGUAGACGGAAUCAUUUUCUACCUCAAGCCGGAUCUUGACAGGCUCAGGGACGUUCAAGUAUGGCUAGACGCCGCGGCUCAAGUUUUCUAUUCAUACGCUCUGUGUAAAGGGAUGCUCACCACAAUGGGAAGUUAUAAUAAGUACAAGUACAAUAGUUACAGGGACUGCAUUAUCUUGGCUUUUUUGAAUAGCGGUGUCAGCUUCGUUUCCGGUUUUGCCAUUUUCUCAGUCUUAGGAUUCAUGGCUAAAGAACAGGGUGUCAAUAUCACAGACGUGGCGGAAUCCGGGCCUGGUCUUGCUUUCAUUGCCUACCCCAAGGCACUUACCCUACUUCCUCUUCCUCAGUUCUGGGGAUGUUUAUUCUUUUUCAUGUUGUUUCUUCUCGGACUGGACAGCGAGUUCGUCGGACAAGAAACUCUCAUGACAGCUUUUGUUGACAUCAAACCAAAAUUUUUCCGUAAACCAUGGAGAAAAGAAAUCGCCUUGGCAAUCUUAUCUCUUACUCAAUUUUUAUUCGGGAUCAGCAUGAUUACCCAGGGAGGAGUCUAUGUUCUCAAUAUUUUUGAUAACUACGCUGCGGCUGGAUGGUGUAUGCUUUUUAUCAGUUUCUUCCAAUGCGGAUCCAUUUCAUGGCUUUUUGGCAUAAAGAAAUUUUGGAGUCGCAUCUGUGAAAUGGUCGGCUUCAAACCGUUCCCUUGGUUCAAGUGGUGUUGGUGCAUCUUGACUCCAAUUUCAACUGCAGUUCUUUUUGUAUUAAGUGUUAGUUACUAUAAACCGUUGACUUACAACAAGACUUAUGUAUACCCUACAUGGGCGAUUGUGGUUGCAUGGAUGUUGGCGUUGUCUUCUAUGCUUUGGAUUCCGGGUUAUGCAGCAUAUCGGUUCAUUGUUGCGAAGGGCUCGUUGAAAGAUAGAUGGGUGGAGAUAACUACCUCAGAAUAUGAUGAUUCGAACAGAUUAUCUGAAUACGAAGAAGUGGAAAUGGCUGAUAAAAUAGCUGAAGCUUCAACAACGCCUUACAUAUAUCCAAUACUCGAGGAAACCCCGCUUUAUGAAGACGUUGUGAGUGGAAAACGGGACUUGGAAGCCAACGAUAAUCCACAGACGGUUACUGACUAACAGCGACACCUGGCGAUAUACUGUACCAUAUAAACAACCAGUCAAGUUUACGAAUGACUGAAGUCUUUUUGCAAAUAGACUUACUAGGGAUCAAGUUGAUUUUUUAUCUUGGAUAAUAUGUCUUUGAAUUGUUUUUACUCCUUGUUUCAUUGUUUUCUUUCGUAAAUCGUUCAUUUUAUACCUGAUGUAAUUUUAGCUAGGCAGUACGAUAAGACAUGCUUUUAUUGAUGAUAGUGUCAAAAGGUAAAUAUGAUUUUUGAUGAAUUAUUUGAAGGAAAUAGUAGGAAUUAUAACCAUUGUCUCUGUGGUAUUGGAGGAUUCGUCAUUUUGUAUCUGAGUUUUUUUCAAAGCAUUGAAUUUUAUAAAAACUUUCCCAUUUGAAGUCAACUGGAGCAAAUCGAUAAUGUUUUUUCUUUUUGAUUAAUAGUUUGGUGCUAAUUUUAGCACCUUUUUAGAAAAAUAAAAGUAGAGAAAAACUA